AUCAAUCCCUUGUACUCCAGAGAGUGCAACGCUUGCAGAGGGGAAGGUAUACCUGCAGUGCUGUCAACACAGAGGGUGAGGGAGAAAGCAAUUCCGUUCACCUCAGAGUACAGUACGCGCCCGUCUGUAAGCAAGGCCAAAAGAUUCUGUACGGGGCGGCCAGACAUGAAUCCGUCAAAAUAUAUUGCGAGGUGGAGGCGGACCCGCCAGAUGUCAAUUUCAGGUGGGGUUUCAACUCGUCGGGCGAUCAAAUGGAAAUCAUGAACCACGUGACCGAGGGGUCGACGAGUGUGGCCACAUAUAUGCCUCGCACUGAGUUUGAUUACGGGGCCCUAUUUUGUUGGGCGCGCAACGCCGUGGGCACCCAACUAGAGCCGUGCACUUACACUAUAAUACCCGCGGGUCCGCCCGACUCCGUCAAGAACUGUACGGUACUUAAUGUGACCGAAGACUCAAUCAAAGUAGACUGCGUUGAGGGCUAUGACGGCGGACUUCUUCAGCACUUCAUAUUAGAGAUUCACGACACGGUUCAGCACAAACUCAGGGCAAACAUCACGAAUGCCUGGCCUUCGUUCACAGCCAAACGUCUUCCAGCGGGCAGUAGUUUCCUGAUUGUCAUAUACGCCGCCAACACCAAGGGUCGCUCCAAAGGGGUCGCCCUCACGGCCACCACAUUAUCUCUGCCCGAAUCCAUGAACAGAUUGGGUAGAGGCAAUGUCUGGCAGUUAAGCUUUAGUCCAGUGCUGGCCGUACUAAUAGCCAUAGUGUUGGCACUGGUGGUCAUUGCCUUUGUUAUCGUAAUCGUUAUGAAGUUUAAGUCCAGUUCUGCUCGACUUCGCAAUGAAAGAGCAAAAAAUCGUAAUAUGAAAGACAAGACAACUAUCGCUAUAAGAAAAAGCGUGGAUGAGAUAUGCGAUGUGUGCACUUGCGGGGGUGACCAGGAUGAUAAAUGCCCAGAUAUUAUUCCAGACAUUAGUUUAGCGUCGAGUGAAGCGAUCACAAGAAACAGCGAAAUCGACGACGACUUGAGUGAGAAGUGCAACAACUCUUUGACGACACCCCUGACCGCCGGUUACGGCAAUGGAGUCAAUGGAGGCGAUGGUAUUCACCACCAGAACCAACACACGACGACCCACUGGAGGGCAUCGCCGCCGCCCUCACCGCCCAACUGCCGAACGGUUCGUACCAUUAGUGCCCACAAAACCAUUCAAUGA